UACGGCUUGAAAUGUGACUCACAACACAGGCUAUCUGCUGGAGUACCGCGCUGACACACCGAGGGAUCCUGGUUUUUUGACGCGCGCCGUGCGUCUUGGCUAUUUUUUUGGGGGGGGACACGCUGUUGGAGACUAUGCCCUUCUCCGCCGUGACAGUGGAUUUGUGUGCGCUUUUAUGCGCGCUGGUCAUCACGUCCUCCGCGAUGGAAGAGACCGUGAUGGACACUCGGGUGGCCACAGCUGAACUGGGCUGGACAGCGUAUCCUAAUUCUGGGUGGGAGGAGGUGAGUGGCUAUGAUGAGAACCUCAACACCAUCAGGACCUACCAGGUGUGUAAUGUCUUCGAGCCCAGUCAAAACAACUGGCUCCUCACCACCUUCAUUGAUCGGCGUGGAGCUCAGCGCAUCUAUGUGGAAAUUCGAUUCACUGUCCGCGACUGCAGCUCCAUCCCCAAUGUCCCCGGCUCCUGCAAGGAGACAUUUAAUCUCUACUACUACGAGACAGACGCCGUCAUCGCCACCAAAGGCACCGCCUUCUGGAUGGAGGCGCCUUAUCUCAAGGUGGACACGAUCGCCGCAGACGAAAGCUUCUCACAAGUGGACUUUGGUGGGCGCCUGAUGAAAGUCAACACGGAGGUGCGGAGUUUCGGUCCACUGUCUAAAAAUGGCUUCUACCUGGCGUUUCAGGACUACGGCGCGUGCAUGUCCCUGCUAUCCGUCCGAGUCUUUUAUAAGAAGUGCCCGAGUGUUGUCCAGAACUUUGCAAUCUUCCCAGAGACAAUGACAGGGGCUGAAAGCACCUCCCUGGUCAUAGCAAGAGGAAUCUGCAUCCCCAACUCAGAGGAAGUAGAUGUUCCUAUAAAGCUCUACUGCAACGGGGACGGAGAGUGGAUGGUUCCUAUCGGCAGCUGCACAUGCAAGGCUGGAUUCGAACCUGACAAUGGCAACGUGUGUCGAGCCUGCCCGCCGGGUACCUUCAAGUCAGCCCAGGGUCCUGGUCUGUGUCUACAGUGUCCCUCUAACAGCCGCUCAUCAGCUGAGGCUGCCACCAUCUGUGUGUGCCGCAACGGCUACUACCGCGGGGACGCCGACCAGCCGAAUGAACCCUGCACAAGUGUCCCAUCCAGCCCGAGGAAUGUGAUCUCCAUUGUGAAUGAAACCUCUGUGAUCCUAGAGUGGCAUAGCCCCAGGGAGACGGGCGGCCGCGGCGACGUCGUCUACAACAUAGUGUGCAAGAAGUGCCGGGCCGACCGGCGCUCCUGCUCCCACUGCGACGACAACGUGGACUUUGUCCCACGGCAGCUGGGUCUGACCGAGACCAGGGUGUUCAUAAGCAACCUGUGGGCUCACACACUCUACAGCUUUGAGAUACAGGCUGUCAACGGAGUUAGUAAUAAGAGCCCGUAUCCCGCACAGCAUGUCUCCAUAGACAUCACCACCAAUCAGGCUGCUCCCUCCAUAGUUCCGAUCAUGCACCAGAUCAGCUCCACCAUGAACAGCUUCACGCUGUCAUGGCCCCAACCUGAGCAGCCUAAUGGCAUCAUUCUGGACUAUGAACUGCGUUACUAUGAGAAGGACCAUGCAGAGAUUAACUCCACCAUCCUGCGGAGCCAAACUAAUACCGCACGUGUGGAGGGCCUCAGGCCGGGUACGGUCUACGUGGUACAGGUGCGGGCACGGACUGUAGCCGGCUUUGGCAAAUACAGCAGCAAGAUGUGCUUCCAAACCCUCACAGAUGAUGACUUCAAGUCGGAGCUGAGGGAACAGCUUCCUCUGAUCGCGGGGUCGGCUGCGGCAGGGGUCGUCUUCAUCGUUUCCCUUGUUGCUAUCUCCAUCGUGUGCAGCAGGAAAAGGGCAUACACCAAGGAAGCGGUGUACAGUGACAAGCUGCAACAUUACAGCACAGGAAGAGAACUCUCUUUGCGAGCCGACAUGUCUAACUGCCCCUCCCCACUGGGCUGCCCGACCCACUUCUCAGGCUCUCCGGGGAUGAAGAUCUACAUCGACCCCUUUACCUACGAAGACCCCAAUGAAGCUGUGCGGGAAUUUGCCAAGGAGAUUGACGUGUCCACUGUCAAGAUUGAGGAAGUUAUUGGUGCAGGUGAGUUUGGGGAGGUGUACAAGGGCCGUUUGAAGCUGCCUGGUAAAAGGGAAAUCUAUGUCGCCAUCAAGACCCUGAAGGCGGGUUACGUCGAAAAGCAAAGACGGGACUUCCUGUCUGAGGCGUCAAUCAUGGGCCAGUUCGACCACCCCAACAUUAUCCGUCUGGAGGGUGUUGUCACAAAGAGCCGUCCUGUCAUGAUUGUCACAGAGUUUAUGGAGAAUGGCGCUCUCGACUCAUUCCUCAGGCAAAAUGAUGGUCAGUUUACCGUGAUCCAGUUGGUGGGAAUGAUGCGCGGGAUCUCAGCAGGGAUGAAGUACCUCUCAGAAAUUAACUACGUCCAUCGGGACCUGGCUGCUAGAAACAUUUUGGUCAACAGCAACCUGGUGUGUAAGGUCUCCGACUUUGGCCUGUCACGCUACCUACAGGAUGACACCUCUGAUCCCAGCUAUACCAGCUCUCUGUGGCUCCACACGAUCUACUCUGCCCGUCUUGACAAGAAACAGAUAUAUUCACUUGGUUCUUAAAACUGCCUCAGGG